UCGCUUUCAAAGUAUAUGAUAUGGACAGAGAUGGCUAUAUUUCGAAUGGAGAAUUGUUUCUUGUCCUAAAAAUGAUGGUCGGAAAUAACCUCAAGGACAACCAGCUUCAACAAAUUGUUGAUAAGACAAUCAUGGAAGCUGAUAAAGAUAUGGAUGGAAAAAUUUCUUUCGAGGAAUUUUGUUCAAUAGUAGAAGCUACUGAUAUUUCAAAAAGUUUAACUUUGACAGAAUUUUAG